AUGAGCUCCCGGCACCGUUCCCGGCGCCGCUCGCGCUCGCGCUCUGCACGCAGCUCCAGCUCCAGCUAUCGGAGCCGAAGUCAAAGCUCCUCCAGCUGGAGACGUGCUCGAGCCAGGAAGCUUCAGAGAAGGAAAGAAGAAGAGGAGCGAUUGCGGAAAGAGCGCGAAGAACACCGAAAGUUUAUGCAAGAAUUUGAAGCCUGGCGGGUGAAGGAUUUGGAGGCACGGAAUAAGCGCGAGAAGGAGUGGUAUUCCAUGCGGGAAGCAGCGAAGAUUGAAGCCAAGCAAAGGGCUUUGGAGCAGCAGGAGCAGGAGGAGCGAAAGAAAGCGAAGAAAAAGGCAAAAGAAAAAGAGGAGGCAAAGAAGAAAAAGGAAGAAAAGCAAGCCAAGAAGGACAAGAAAGAGCAGGAAGAACUCGAAAGGCGGAAUAAGAUUGCAGAAGCAGCGGCGGCGCGACGAGAAAGAGGCGUGGGUUCAGGCAAGGUGAGCGAUGCCGAAGCCGAGCUGGCAAAGCUGAUUCAAGAGGCUAAACAGGGCGUGGCAGAGCCGCCGAAGGCAGACCCUCCACCAUCGAAAGAGCCUGGGAUGAUUGCAGACGGCAUCAUCGUCCUGGACGAGGAUGAAUAG